AUGUCCGCGAAGACGCUCAUCGCGAGCUCGCUCGAUGUCCUUCGACGCGUCGUCUCGGAGGAGUGCGCGGCGCCGGCGUGGCGGGCGAAGCAAUUGGUCGAUUCGCUGUACGGGAAGCGACGCGCGCGAGCGAUCGAGGACAUGGAGCUGCUCCCGAGAGAGAUGCGUCGAGCGAUGGAGGACGCCGGGUGGUCCACUGGAAGAUUAGACGUGGUCAAGGGCUCGCUCGGUAGGGACGGCGCCGGGAAGAUCAGCGUGCGAGUGGGCGAGCGAGAGCUCGUGGAGGCUGUGGGGAUCCCGGACGCGUCGUGUUACGCGCGUGACGGGAGCGGAGAGGUGUUGGGAAGGGCGGAUGUAGAGACGAUGUUUCGAGGCGUCGAUGGGUGGGAUAAGAAUCGUCUCACGGCGUGUGUGUCAUCGCAGGUAGGAUGCGCGAUGAAGUGUUCGUUUUGCGCCACUGGACUGCAAGGCUUCAAGCGGAACCUCUCGGCGAGUGAGAUCGUGUCGCAGGUGCUAGAGUUGGAGGAGUUAUACGGCAAACGCGUAUCCGACGUCGUGUUCAUGGGCAUGGGCGAACCGAUGCUUAACAUGAAAGCCGUCGUAGGAGCGAUUCGGUGCUUGAACGAAGAUAUUGGCAUUGGCGGUCGACACAUCACAGUCUCGACCGUCGGUAUUCCGAACUCGCUCGCGAAGCUCGCGAAGGAGAAGCUCCAGGCGACACUCGCGAUCAGUCUUCAUGCCCCUGACCAGGAGACUCGCCUUAGAAUUGUGCCUUCUGCGAAGCACUAUCCGUAUGAGGACUUAUUGGACGACGUGAAGAUGUAUUUUCGGGAAACAGGUCGCCGCGUCACGUUCGAGUACACGCUCCUGGCUGGCGUGAACGACUCACCGAGCCAAGCGCAAGCUCUCAGUCGCAUACUGAAGCGGAAAUUCGGUGCCGGUGCGCACCUGAACGUGAUCCCUUGGAACUCGAUCGAGGGCGUCGAUCACGUGAAACCAUCUAGAAACGCGGUGCAUCGAUUUUGCGGCGCAUUGGGGGGUAUUUCGCACACCAUUCGGCGAACGAGAGGCGACGACGUCUCAGCAGCCUGCGGUAUGCUAACCGGUGACUUCGAGCGUCGAUCUCUAGGGCGACGCUCGAUGAAUGCAGAGUUGUAA